CUCAAGUUCGUUUGGGCCAAGCUUCAAGUUUCCCCAGGGGCCGUGGUGGGUCUGCACAGGCUAAAUUUCCAGCACUGACGGUUCACGAACGGUGUUUACUGCAUUCCAGCACAGGUACACUUUGCAUCUUGGUUCCGAGUCCCUUGGCUGACCUUGGAUGCCGUGGAUAUUGACUGUUUGCUUCAAGGCGAUCAAGUACACGGUGGUAAUCUGUCGAUAUUCGCCCAGCGCGAUGUAUCAUCAUCUGACCAGCCGACAAACAUCCAAGUCUCACGAUGAGACAACGAACGAUCUACAGCUCUGGAGGCUAGACCAGGGUCAACAAACAAACACCCGAUAUCCGACGCUUCCGAACCCGAAAUCAAGAUUUCCCCUUCGCAACUAUAUCCGCUUCGGGGGAUGGUGCGGGCAGGGGCUUAAACUAGGCGUCGCACCAAUGCUUCAUGGGCUUUCGGCCUCGGCAUUUGGCCCUCGGGAAUCAGAUCGAGUGAAACAAAGUACAGAAGCCGAGAGAAGAUCUAUCUGAUCUUGGUUAUGGACAAAUUGGCUUCGAGAAUUAUUGGGAUAGUGGGCACCAUGCAGUAUAUUGCGCAGGGCUUAGUCUCGGAGCAGAGCAGGGCCACUGCAGCACUGCUGAAACGCCGAGGGAGCUGUCCCUGUGCCCAUUGCAGUAUAUAAACCCUGAAUACCCUCAACCUUUCUCUCCUGCGACAAGAGCAAGCCUCGACCUGUUUUCGCCUCGCCGCGCCCAUCUCAUCUCGUCACUCAUUCCAUUCACUCGCUGCAAAUCAGAGCUGUGCUCGAUUUCCACCUUCGUUUAAAACGCCCACCAACUUUCCAAUCACUCACUCCCUCACUCAAGAGUCAAUCAAAAUGAAGACCGCCGCCGUUGUCCUCGCCCUCGUCGCCAGCGCUCUCAGCGCCCCGACCCCUACCCUCAACUCCCGCCAAUUUGGUCUCGGUUCGUUAGCCUCCCUCCUUCCCAAGCCGGGCUCCUCCUCCAGCGGCGGCUUUGACCUCUCCGACCUGGGCUCCCUCCUUGGCUCUGGAUCUGGAUCCAGCUCCGAGUCUGCCGCUGGCUCUGGCAGUGCCACCACGACCAGCGCUGUGGCGGCCUCCACCGGUACUGGUACUAGCACAACCGGCAGCGGAAGCAGCGGAUUGAGUGGCCUCAGUGGCCUGAGCGGGCUCGGCAACUUGGGGUCCUCUUCCGACUCGGACUCUUCGAGUUCGUCGUCGAGUGGGCUGAGCGGGCUCAGCGGUCUCGGCGGGCUGUUUGGUGGCUCCUCGACCUCCAACGACGUGACCGACAACACGGGCUGCAAGGAACUGACCUUCAUCUUCGCCCGCGGCACGACCGAGAUCGGAAACAUGGGAACGGUCGUCGGGCCCAAGGUCGGCAGCGAGCUUGACUCGCUUACCGGUGGCAAGGUCGCUAUCCAGGGCGUCGAUUAUCCUGCCUCUGCGACCGGAAACGUAGCACUCGGCGCAGCCGGCGGGCCCGAAAUGGCCUCGCUCGUUGAGCAAGCGCUGAAGCAGUGCCCGGACACCAAGGUCGUUCUCGGCGGAUACUCGCAGGGCGCCAUGGUCGUGCACAACGCGGCCGGCAAGCUUUCUGCUGGACAGGUCGUGGGCGCUGUCACUUUCGGCGACCCCUUCAAGACGCAGAAGCCCGAUAACAUUGAGAACUUCAAGACGUGGUGUGCGACUGGGGACCCGGUUUGCUUGAACGGUGCAAACGUUUUGGCGCAUAUCUCGUACGGUGGGGAUGCGGCUGAGGCGGCGCAGUUCCUUGUCAAUGCUGCAGGGCUGUAAGCGAUUUUUGAUCGGAGAAGCCUGGCUUGGAACAGGUUGGGUGGAUCUACAAUUUUCUGAAAGGGUGCUUGUGGAUAAACUCUGAUUCUGUAUGCACUGGCUCCAAAACUAGAUAUAUUCAAUAGGGGAAGACAGAUAUGGAAGAUCUCGAUACAUAAAACGGACUCGCCCAAACGUUAUCCUCCGCGGGCUCGAUAUACUGUUUUAUCAUUCCGGGUAGAAGUACUCGCCUGCCUUCAGCGCGGCCUCCAACUCUGGAUCAGUACCAAUGUACUUCGCAAAUCGCGGCUCAAGGCCCUCGAGUAACAGCCCAACCAAACCGGCAAACACAACGCCUCCCGCAUCAUUCAGAUGAGUACGAUCCGUUUCGUCGAGGUUAUACGUAGCGGAAUUCUCAGGCCCAAUCGCUUCGAGAUACGC